AGUCCGGCUCGGGCAGCGACGCUCCGCGGGCGCGCGCGCCAGUCGUGCUGCCAUGGCGGUGCAGCCGCAAAGCCAGGCCGAGCUCCUCCGCGAGCUCGACGGCCUGUGCCUACCUGGAGCGGCCGCGAAGGCGGAGGAGCUGGCGCCGGGCACUCGCACACGCGGGCGCCGGGGCGGCGCGUCAGCGGCGAAGGCUAAGGCCAAGGCCAAGGCCAAGGCCAAGGCCAAGGCGGCAGCGCCGCCGCCGAUGCCGGCCUCUGCGCCCCCCGCGGCGGAGGCGCCCGUGGACCCGGCCAGGGCGGAGCUGAGCCACGCCGAGCUUCUCGACGAGCUCAGCAGUUUCUGCCUUCCGGGGGCCGAGCCCAGGACGGAGCCGCCGGCGACGCCAGAGACAGCCGCACGCCGUCCACGCCGCCCGCAGGACGGCGGGGGAGGCUCUGCGGCUGCUGCCGAGGCGGGGUCGUCGGCCAAGAAGAGGCCUCGGAAGGCCGACGCGGAGGGGCGGCCGCAGGCGGCCUUCGCGGCCGCCGCGGAGCAGCAGCGGCUGACCGCGGCAGCCCUGGGCGGUGCGGACUCUGCUGGGCUACCGUGCAUGCUGGAGGCGUUCUGCUUACCGGGGGCCGGACCAACAUCCGCACUGGAGGAGGCCUCUGGCGAAGCCCCACGCGGCGCUGGGCUCAAGGCCCCACGGCGGCGGCCGACGGCACUGCAGGACGACGGGGGAGGUUCUGCGGUUGCUGCCGAGGCGGGGUCGUCGGCCAAGAAGAGGCCUCGAAAGGCCGACGCGGAGGGGCGGUCGCUGGCGGCCUUCGCGGCCGCGGCGGAGCAGCAGCGGCUGACCGCGGCAGCCCUGGGCGGUGCGCACUUUGCAGGGCUUCCGUGCGUGCUGGAGUCGCUCGGCUUGCCUGGGGCCAGACCUGCAUCCGCACCGGAGGAGGUCUCUGGCGAGGCCUCACGCGGCGCCGGGCUGCCAGCGGCAUUGCCACCUCCGCCGCGGCCUCCCUCGAGUGCGGCCGUGCCCGAACCAACGAGGAGCCCCGCGGAGCCCAUCAUCGACAUUGAAGCCUCAAUAGCAGACGCUGCGCCCGAACCUUGCGUGCGUGGGGCGGGCGAGGCUCCGCAGUUGCCCGCUGUCGCAGCCGAGGAGGCCCCGCUGGACAAGGAGCCCAAGGAGGAGAAGGCCUCGGCGACUAAAUACAGGCAGGCACACGAGGAGGCUGGGUGCGCAGGCAGCGUCGUGGAGGUGCUCUGCUUCGCCUGUCGGAGAACAAAGGACACCACCGUGCAGAAGAGUCUUCAGUCCUUCUUCAAGCUCAAGCAGCCCACGGCAGACCAGGGGCCCUGUGCUGACCCUGCGUCUGAAGUGACAGAGCCGCCAGAGAAGAAUCAGCCUACGGGAGGCGCGCCACUCUGUGCGAGGUGCCGCCGGCCGAUGUGGAUCAAGGGGGACUCCUUCACCCAAGGGGGCGCGGCAAACUCCCUGAGGGGCUGCGGGGAGAUGCCGCAGCUGCAGCGCAUCAGGGCCUACAGGCGCAGCGCCGAGAAGCAGGGGGUGCCCUACCUCCUGUCUGAACGCGGCGCCUGCGCGCUCAUGCGUAAGGAUUGCGUCACCUGCGGCGCCGCGGCACCCGCGGGCGGGCACGGCCUGGCAAGGUUGCGGAAAUGGCCUGCGGGCACCGAGAAGCCCGAGAGAGGCGGCUUCAUGGGCCCAUACAUGGAAGAGAACGUCACGACGGCCUGCUCAAUGUGCAAUAUGAUGAAGGGCUACCACACAAUCGGUGGCUUCGUAAAUAGGUGUCGGCACAUCGCUUCCAUGCACACGCCAGGCGAGCAUUUUGGAGAGUACCCGCACCACUUCAGGGACAACGUCUCGAAGCGCUCGCGUUCUUGCUACAUCACCUCCUCGAGCACGCACACGAAGACCCACUCCAUCACCAACGAAGAGUUCAAUCGGAUCACGGCCCAGAAGUGCUACUAUUGCCACAAGGAGCCACGGCAACCGAAGACAUUGGGCCCCGAUGACAGGGGCCACUUCAAUGGCCUCGACCGCUUGGACUCUACGCACAGAGUCUACACUGUGGAUACCACGGUGGCAUGCUGCGGGGACUGCAACGUGAUGAAGUUCAAGUGGCCGCUCGAUAGGUUCUUGGAACAGUGUCGUAAGGUAGCUCGCCUCCACGUGGGUCACGAGUUCGAAGACACCGAGCAGGGAGGCACAGGGGAUGCAAUCGACAUCGACUGCGAAGACAGUGCUGACACUGCCGAGUUUGUGUGCGGCUUGAUCGGCGAUGGUGAUCCGCUUGUCGCUCCAGAGAUUGCUAAGGGCGACGGCGCUGAGGAGGUGGGAAUCACCGCUGGGCAGGCGUAGCACUCUUGCAGCUGCGCCGGCGAUGCGCAUGCACAGGCCGCCACUCCGUGGGCGUCCAUCUGUCCCUCGGCCGUGCGGGAGGCCAGUCUCGGGGACGCCGAGAUCGGCGCCGAGGCGAAGGUCUCCCCACACUUCUCCUCCGAGAUCUCACUCCUCGUUAUUUCUGUGAAACCUGGCCUCACAGGUCUGAUGGCCACGCCCACCUCUCUUUCACAGUAGGGCUGUUCCAACACCAUGUCACUGUGUCGGGCCCUCCUCUCCUGGAUGAUCCAUGUUGUGUGUCCGCAUGCUUUGUGGAUGUGCAAGUGUGGCGUCCUUGCUUGGUUCAGUUGGCUUGCAUGAUUGCUUGUUUGACUUGUGGCUGGUAGUUCGGUUGGUUAGUACGCAUCCUGCUUUACAAGGCUCCCCACACGCCUCUCCUCCACAUAAGGUGGCCCACUCGACGACGUAGUGAUUUCGCGGCUGCGCCCGAGGCGUUCCCGUUCUGCCGAGAUUCGUGAGCACUUCUGGCGUCCAGUGGCGUGUGGGGCAUGCCUCUGAGGUAGGGCGACCAUUGCGGGAUGUCUCGCUAAA